AUGUCGUCGCAAACCGAUGAUGAUUCGGUGUGGCAGCUAGUUCCGGCCAAGGAAAGCAAGCUACCCGGCGUGCAUUACAGGUUUCUCGACGCCAACGAAAGUGCAUCGAGCCAUAACGAUGUCGAAACCUUGCAGAUCCCACUGCUCAGGCUAGUGCACCUGCUCGUCGGAUCGAGGACGGGUGCCACGACGGUCUCACAGCAUGCUCUCAAGCUCAACAUUGGACGGCUUCGGUCGGCGCAGCUCGUCGUUGGACGCUACAACGCCAAUCCCGGCUGCUCUGUUGCGCGCUUCCGAGCCGCCGAGCUGUUGUCUUCGCUGGGCGUCGCAUCCGCCGCCGCCGCCAAGAAAGCUACGCAGCCAGAUCGCAUCCACAUUGCCGGCCUCGACUCGUUGCUCAACAGCAUUGACCCCGUCGAUGGCGGUCUCGGAGACCGUCACGACCUGCAGGCCGCCUAUGUCAGCUUUGACGAUCUGGAUGCCUGCUUUGCCCCUGGCAGACUGGUGACGUACCCGACUUCGGUAGGACACGCUUCUGAGCGGACCGCGGCACGCGUCUACUCUUGCCACUUUGAAGAGCGACGCAGUGCCUUUGGUAGUAUCGAGCGCCAGUUCAAUCUGGAGCUGGAGAUGGUCGUGCCUCUCGGAAGCCGACUUGGACUGGUGACAUUCACCGAGACGUUCAGCGGUUGGACGGGUGAGCGACGCAAGCGCAUCGCCGAGCUGCUUGUCCGCCCGCUUCUGCCCGGCCGAGACGAAAAGGAGCUGGAGACCUUUGAGCUUCGCGGCCGUCGAUGUCUGUCGUUGCUUCCUGGCGCCAACGAGGCGGAGCGCUAUCGCUUCCUCGCCUACGAGGCCGGGGGCUUCUUUGCGCAUGCCGAUCGGACGACUAGCACGGCGUCGACCGCCGCCUUGGCCAGCGCUGCCGGUUCCGGCGGUCGUAUCGUUAUAGACGGCGACAUGGCGCUGGCUCUGGGCCACCAUCCGUCGCAGGGCAGCAGCGAGGCAGACCAUGCCCUUCUCUCUGCAGCGGGAAGAUACAAGCGAUCCGGUGACAACGCUGAAGGGCUCUUGGUCCUCGACGCGAUGCCUGACAGUCUUAUUCCGCUCGUGUGGCCUGCCUUGUCUGGCUUCAGCCUGACUGCGAAAAGAUGGGGCCAUGUGCUUAUUUCUUCGCUGUCGGAGAUCCGUUUCAACCGAGCCGCCUUCGACCAGCUCGUUCUGUCUCCCGAGCGCAAACGUUUGAUCCACGCCGUUGUCAAUGCGCAUCGACAAGAGCAGCCGGGCCAGGCAAAGCGCACUGCACGAUUCCGCGACAUUAUUGCGAGCAAGUCAGGAGGCACGGUCUUCUUGCUCCAUGGCGCGCCCGGCGUGGGCAAGACGCUGACCGCCGAGGCGGUGGCAGAGAUGCUGGGGCGGCCGGUGUACUACGUCACCAUGGGCGAGCUGGGCACGGCGGUGGGAAACGUCGAGGCGCGAUUGGCACAGGUGCUGGAUCUGUGCGCUGCGUGGCGUGCGGUGGUGCUGAUCGACGAGGCCGACGUAUUCCUCGAGCGCCGCGCAUCUGGCGGAGCGGGCGACAUCCUGCGCAACGCCCUCGUGUGCGUGGUGCUGCGUCUGAUCGAGUACUUUUCAGGCAUCCUGUUCCUCACGACGAAUCGGGUAGCCUCGUUCGAUCCUGCGCUGGAGAGCCGCGUGACGAUUGCACUUCGCUACGAUGCUCUGGAUGCCGGCGCUCGCGAGCAGGUGUGGCGGAACUUGCUGGGCAAUUUGGAGGACUCGGACGUGGAUCUGGGGCAACUGGACUUUGGGCGACUUGCGAAGCACGACCUGAAUGGCCGGCAGAUCAAAAACACGAUCCGGCUGGCGCUUGCACUGGCUGUCGACUCGCACUCGCCUCUCGACCAGGCCCUGCUCGAUCUCACGCUUCAGACGACGAUGAUCGGCCGACUGGAGAUGGAAGGCGGCUAUUCGAUCUGA